AUGAGCUUCGAGCCAUACGCCGCCGGCGCUCGAGUCGCAAUCGACAGCGCCCCAAAGCGCCCGCACUUGAUCCAGCGUCUUCUUUACAGCUCAUACGAUACUUCCGGACUUCUCUUCGCUGGAUCGUCGGAUGGCUCGCUGCGCAGUUACGAGGUGGACGAGCGCGUGGGUGUCGUGCGCUGGCAAGCAGACCACAAACGGCUUUUCCACGCGUCUUGCGUCUUUCUGGACAGCUGGGGAGUGUUUAUUACUAUAUUAGAUAGUCGUCUCAAGAUCUUUGAUCUGCCGUUGCGGUCGAUUGACAGCAGUGUACUGUGGGACGACACGAAGGGCGCCGUGCUCUUUGCGGUUCACGAACAAGUCAAGACACUCUGUGUAUUGCUCAAGUCGAAUGCACUGAAGGUCUUUGACUGGACAGUAAACAAGCGCUUGGCAUUUCGUACAGAACUUGACCUGAUGGCCGUACUAUUGCCCGUGCAGCAGCUGGUAAUGAUGAGUGAAAGUUACGUGUUUGUUCAAGGAAAGAGCGACUGGGGCGUGCUUGAUCUUUCCACUGGCAAAUUGAUCGAUAGAAAGGGCAUCAAAGAGCGGGUAGAUGAUGCCCUCGGAGGAGCUACAGGUGCCUGCGACGCAGUGCCGCUACCUAGUCGGCAUUUGCCUCGACGACUGCAGCACCUGAUGGAUAUAUUGCUGUGUGGCAAACGUCAAGCUGUGAUCCUUGGGAUACAUCAUUGUGACGAGACGACUGAUGUAGCAGAGGAAGAGAAUGAUGUCUAUGGAGCUUUUCUUCACAACGAGGUCACGACAGAUGACGCGAAUAAAGGCGACACAUUCGAUUUGUCCAGUCGUCAACUGUGUCUAAAAGUGGAGAAAGUCAUCACGUAUGACAUGGUGCCGCGCCAAGUUUUUUAUCAUCAUCCGUUUUUGCUGAUCGAUCAGGUGGAGCACAUCGCAGUGUUCAACUUUGGCUCUUUGCAAAUCGCCCAGAUCAUUCCAGUGAAGGGGCUUCACGGCUUAUGUGCUAUAAGAAACGUCGCGUCUGCGACGACCGAACCGAGUGCGCACGUUAUAAGUGACCGUCCGGCGACUUUACUCUCUGUGUCACCACCAUUUGAUGUUCAGGCACACCAAAUGUUUCCGAUCGCACAGCAAGUUGCUGCUUUGAUAGAAAACUGCCAUCUUGAAAGCGCUGUCGCUCUUUGCAAGCUUUGCCCGAAGGAGAGUUCAUUAAGUGACGCCGAGAAACGGAAGCUGUACGCUGACUACGGUUUCGAGCUGUUUUGUUCAGCGCGUCGAAAAGAAGCGGUAGAUUUAUUCAUUGAGAUUGACGUUGACGUGAUGGAAGUACUGCUACUUUUUCCGCAGAAUCUGCUUCCUCGCAAGACCAGCGCUUUACGCAGAGCCGAAGGUAGCGCCGACGACGGACGCGUCUUGAACCGUGAAGAUCUAGUGGACGGUCUAUUGGCCCUCAUUGGGUAUCUGCGCCGUAAGCGGAAGGCUUAUUUGCAUUCGGAUAUCGUAAUUUCUGCGUCGGAAACACGCACACGAUGCAGCCUUACUGCUCGCGAAGAGAGCGCACUUGAAUUGAUCGACACCAUGCUGGUCAAAUGUCUAGUCGUGGUGUCUGAACAAGCGGCGUAUGCUAAACGGGCAAAGCAUGUACUACUUGAGGUGGUAAGAUACCAGAAUUGGUGCGACAUUAGUGAGGCUGAGGUAUUUCUUCGAGCUCAUCGACAAUUUAAGGCGCUGCUUGCCCUUUACUCUACUCGGAGAGUGCAUCGUAAGGUGCUUGAGCUAUUGGAAAGUCUUGAGCGCAGCGCGGCGUCAGCAGCUAUCAUGUCUAAACAAAACCAAACAAACCGAGAAGAGGAACAAGUACAAAGCUCGCAUGAUUUGCUAUCCUCACAUGACUACAUGGUGCUUAUCGCACAGUACCUUCGCGCGCUGGGCAAAAAGCAUGCUGAGCUGGUAUUUGAAUUUUCACGACGUAUCUUGUCGGUAGAUCCCGCGCUUGGGCUCUCAAUCUUUACACAGCGCGAAGUACCCGACCUGACGACUGACAUCGAUCCGGCUGUGGUCCUUCAGCACCUCAAGAGUUCUUCCGUCGCUUCUCCAAGCUCUGGCUUAAAUUCACCAGAGCACAUUGCGGACGAUACAGCAAAACUAGUUUUGCCCUUGCACAGCAGCCAAAUGUUGGCGAUCGAGUAUCUUACACAACUCAUCUGUGAGAGAGGGCGUCAGCUAACACCGCGGUUGCAUGACGAGGUGGUGUACCUUCUGCUCGAUUCGAUUCAGGCCGAGACGUCGCAGAAGCAACGACUAACCAGUCGUGCCGAGGCACAAGGUGAUAUGACGGGACUACUACGCCGAAAGUUGCUACAGUUUCUUGCAUUUCCUGAAGCCGCCUAUCAUCCGGAACGUAUGUUGAGCCGUACACCCAUCGAGAUGGUGAGUGAACACGCGGCGCUUCUCUCAAAGCUUGGACGUCAUCGCGAAGUACUGCAAUUGUAUGUUGUAAAAUUGCGAGAUGCCGAUCUGGCCGAGGCGUACUGCAAUCGAUGUUACGAGUCGAAGACGGCCAAUUCUUCCAUCUAUACAAUCUUGCUGCAAAUCUACUUGCACCCCCAAUGCCACAUGGAUAGCCCGAGGUCCGAUGCUGCGUCAACGGACACCAGCUCCGAGCAUCAAUUUCCAUCAAGAUCUUCUGGCUGUAAUAUGCAGAUUGAGGCUGUAAACGAGGCCAUCAGGUUGCUGAACAAACACGCUGAAAGGAUUGACGUAUCAACGGCUCUCGCACUAUUGCCGGUUGAAGUCGCCGCGGCAUCUCUGGCUACCUUCUUUCGUCACGUACUGGAGCGUCAAGUGCAACGGAGUCGCACCGGACAGGUGAAGAAACAGCUUUCAAAAAUGGAGAAUUUCAAGGUUCGAGAGCAGCUUUCCACAAAACGGAAAGAGUCCGUCACAGUGUGGUCGUCGCAGCGCUGCCAGUCUUGCGGUAAAAAGCUUGGUGUCGGCACCUUCGUGCGUUUGCCUGGUGGAGACCUGUUGCACUAUUCUUGCCAGCCCACUCGACAGGUCGGUGUUUUGCAUGUCUUGGGAUUGAAUUCUUGA